AAAGUCCCAAACUUUACUAAAACGGCAUGACGUUUCGCACAGGACCCUACCUCUUUUAAAUCCCUUGUCGUUUUGGGGUGUUGUUCUUAAACCCUUUUCCCUUUUGGAGCCAUAAUCCUCAUAUGCUAAGGCUAACUAAACCUUAGCUAGUGCAGUGUGUCAUGCCAGAAAGAAAAACUACUCAGUGUUUCUAACUUGUACUCUUCCAAUGGCAUGCCUUUCUUUUCCCCAGUUUCUCUCACUUCCCAGGUACCACUUGAACUGGUCAUAUUGUUAUACUUCUUGUAAUGUACUGCAACUUGGGGAACUUAGGUCUGCGUUGAAAUGGGGUCAUGUGGCAAUGGCUAGGAAAAAGGCUUCUCUAGACUCUGCAAUAGAUGAACCCAGUGAAAAUGAAUCUGUGAUGAAGAAGAAGGCAACUAGGUCAUCUAAAACUAAGAGAGCAACGACAACGACGAAGAAGAAAUCAAAAGAUGAGUUUCUUGAAGGUAAUGCUGAUUUGUUGGUAGAUAGAGAUGAUGCUUCCGUUGAAGAAAGCUCAUCUGUGUCUAGUGAUGAUUCCAAGAAGAAAACUAGAAGGACUCGACGAAAAGAUGCGUCUAUAUCUGCUGGCUUGGAAGAAGAGAAGGAAUUCAAGGAAGAGAAAAAAGUUAGAAGACGAAGCAAACCUAAAGAGGAUAAUUUAAUUGUAGAGGACAAAGGUAGCGAGGCUGAAAUCAGCGAUGAAGAUGAGUCUUCAUUUAUUGGAACUGUGGAGGAUGAGAGUGAUGGUGGCUUGGAACUGGUAAAAGAUGAUGGAGAGGACAUUAGCUUUACUUAUGGGUGGCCUCCCCUUGUUUGUUGCUUUGGAGCUGCGCAGCAUGCUUUUGUGCCUUCAGGGAGACCCGCCAACAGGCUUAUAAAUCAUGAAAUCCAUGAAAGCAUGAAGGAUGCCCUGUGGAGUCCUGAAAAUUUUGUUAGGGCUCCUGGCGGCUCUGCUGGUAGUGUUGCCAUUGCUCUUGCAACCUUGGGUGGCAAGGUUGCCUUCAUGGGAAAGCUUGCGGAUGAUGAUUAUGGUCAAGCAAUGCUGUACUACAUGAAUAUGAAUAGGGUCCAAACACGAUCAGUCCGUGUUGAUGGUAAAAGGGCAACAGCUGUAUCAUUGAUGAAGAUUGGUAAAAGGAAUCGACUUAAAAUGAGUUGUGUAAAACCCUGUGCUGAAGAUAGUUUGACAAAAUCUGAGAUAAAUAUUCAUGUGCUGAAAGAGGCAAAAAUGUUCUACUUCACUACACAUUCCUUGCUUGAUCGUAACAUGAGAUCAACUACAUUGCAAGCCAUCAAGAUAUCAAAGCAUUUUGGAGGCGUUGUUUUCUUUGAUUUAAACCUUCCUUUGCCACUAUGGCACUCAAGGGAAGAAACCAAGAUUUUCAUUCAGCAAGUGUGGAAUCUUGCGGACAUUAUUGAGGUCACCAAGCAAGAACUAGAGUUCUUAUGUGGGAUCACACCAUCUGAAGAAUUUGACACCAAAAAUAAUGCCAAGUCAAAGUUUGUCCAUUAUGAACCUGAAGUGAUUGCUCCACUUUGGCAUGAAAAUCUCAAGGUUUUAUUUGUGACUAAUGGAACAUCCAAGAUACAUUACUACACCAAAGAGCUUGAUGGUGCUGUUCUUGGGAUGGAGGAUGCUCCGAUUACCCCUUUCACUUGUGAUAUGUCAGCAUCUGGAGAUGGCAUUGUUGCAGCACUCAUGCGAAUGUUGACAGUUCAACCUGAGUUGAUAACUGAUAAAGGAUACCUAGAGCAUUCCAUCAAGUAUGCAAUCGAUUGCGGGGUCAUAGAUCAAUGGAUACUUGGUCGAGUACGCGGCUUUCCUCCUAGUGAAGAUAUGGAGGACAUAACUGCUGAUCCAAAUGGUAUAAGGUCAGUUACAGAACAAGAAUACCGCACAGUAGGGUAUGUUAGUGAUAGUGAGUAAUAUCAGUUUUGUACCUUAUGUUUCUCACAGUGAAGUUUUCAUCCCUUGUAUAGAAAACUAGAGUGUUUCAUUUGUUUAUUUGUUUCUUUCCGUGUUUUCCACUGCUAGAGGUAAUAUUACCUUUGGUUUUUGUAUUCCCAUUUUUUCUGUUGUACCAAUGACAUUAUAAUCAAAAUUCAAAAUCUCAAAUUUUCACUUUACAUUUCUUUCC